CACUUCCAUAGCCACGAGUCAACCGCAUCAUCGCAACCAUGGUCGAUCUACCUUGUAAGUCGCCCUCUCCACCCCGCCUCUACCAAAUACUGCAACACGAUGUCGCUGUAAAGAUUCGCGAAGAAGCCACAUGACUGACCAUCUGCGCAGACGCCCUCGACGCGGAAACCCCCUCUCGCACCGCAGGCCCCUCAAGGCAUCCGAGCUCCAGGUCCUCCGCGCCCAGUAUGAAAAGGAAGGCGACAUGGUCGGCGUCCAAACCAAGUUCAACUACGCAUGGGGCCUCGUAAAAUCAGACUCCCGCAACGACCAACAACUAGGCGUCCGCCUCCUCUCCGAAAUUUUCCGCGUCUCCCCCGAGCGCCGCCGCGAGUGCCUCUUCUACCUCGCCCUCGGCAACUACAAGCUCGGAAACUACGGCGAGGCCCGCCGCUACAACGACCUCCUCCUCGAAAAGGAACCCGCCAACCUCCAGGCCUCGAACCUGCGCCAGCUCGUCGACGACAAGGUCGCCAAGGAAGGCCUCAUGGGCGUCGCGAUUAUCAGCGGUGUGGCUGUUGCGGCGGGUGUGGUGGGUGCGUUUUUGGUGAGGAAUGUGAAGAGAAGAUAA